AUGAGUAACUUCGGGCAAAUCCUAAAGGAGAUUGGGGAGUUUGAUUUGUUUCUGAAACAGUUAUUGGCUGCAUUAUGCAUCCCCAACAUGUUUGCAGCUUUCAACGUCUGAAUAAUGUUUGCUGCUUUCGAUUGUGUUGGUCAGGUGUUCACAGUCAGGAGAUUCCCACAUCACUGCAACACUGACUGGGGAUCUUGGGGGAAGAGUUGGCCCAACCUGACAGAUGAGAGACAAAGAAAUCUCACCAUCCCUGUGAACAAGGAUGGAAAGUAUGAAAGCUGUAAAAUGUUCACACCUGUGGAUUUGGAUUUGGAAACAACUGGGAUUAAUACAACAGGAUGCAUAAAUGGAUCGGAUUUUGAAGCACCCAAAGGUUCCUCCAGCAUUGUGACAGAUUUCAACCUGGUGUGUGACAGGAGCAGCUUCAUCGAGGCAUCACAGUCCAUCUACAUGGCCGGUCUUCUGGUUGGAGCGCUGGUGUUUGGGCAGCUGGCUGACAGGUUUGGUCGACGCUUUGUAGUCCUGCUCUCACUCCUUCUCCUACUGUUGUUUGGUGUCGGUGCUGGUUUCUCACCCAACAUCUACGUUUAUAUUGUUCUCAAAUUUUUAGGUGGCAUCUCCAUUUCAGGCAUUAUUGGUAAUGCAUUUGUGAUAGGUGGAGAGUGGAGUGAUUCCUCCAAGUUCGCUCUCUGCACCAUUAUCUGCCACUCUUUUGUCGCUUUUGGACUGAUGAUAUUGUCUGGAGUUGCCUAUUUGAUCCGCAACUGGAGGAUCCUGCAGUGGGUGCUCUUCAGCUCUCUUGUCCUUGUCCUGGGAAUCUUUUAUUGGAUUCUUCCAGAGUCAGCUCGCUGGCUUAUCACACAGGGCAGGAAAGAGGAGGCCAUAAAGGAGAUCCGGAGGGCAGCCAAGGUGAAUGGGAGGAAGGUCCCGGAAGAUCUGAUAGACAAGUUGGAGGCUACAUCCAAAGGAGGAAACAUGUUGGACAUCUUUAGGAUAUCAUAUCUCAGAAAACAAACUUUUAUAAUGAGCUACAUCUGGUUUGGAACAAAUCUAAUGUACUAUGGAUUGAGUCUGAACGUUGGAAAUUUCGGUCUGGAUAUCUACCUCACACAGUUCAUCUUUGGUGUAGUAGAAGUCCCUGCACGUCUGGGCUGUUUACCUCUUAUCCAGCACUUUGGGAGGAAAAUAUGUCUAGUAGGGCUCCUGUUGCUUGGAGGUUGUGCUUGUCUGGCAAUACUUGCAGUUCCAAGAGAUCUUCCUGUUGUUGUGAACAGUCAUAGCUUGUACUGGGGAAAAUUUGCUGCCACUUGCCAGCUUUCCCACCAUCUCGUUUAUACUGCAGAGCUAUACCCCACCACUCUAAGGCAGAAUGGUGUAGGUCUAAACUCCAUGUGUGCUCGUGUGGCGGGCAUCCUCGAUCCACUGAUCAGGCUCCUGGAUGUCUACCAUUACAACAUCCCCAUGCUAAUAUAUGGCAUCAUCUCCAUUACUGCUGGGGGUUUGUGUUUAUUACUGCCUGAAACUCAUAAUGUUGAACUCCAGGACCACGCUGAAAUCAUAAAACCAGAGAACGGGACUGCUGAGAUGGCAUCCUUCACUAAAUCAGGAAAGAGCACAAAAAUGAAGCACAGCAACAGCUACAUCAAUAUGAGCAACUUUGGACAAAUCCUAAAGGAAAUUGGGGAGUUCGGUUUGUUUCAGAAACGAUUAUUGGCUGCAUUAUGCAUCCCCAGCAUGUUUGCAGCUUUCGACGUGAUUGGUCAGGUGUUUACAGCCAUGAGCUUCCCUCAUCACUGCAACACUGACUGGAUCUUGGAGCGUGGGCCCAACCUGACAGCUGAAAGACAAAGAAAUCUCACCCUGCCAGUGAACGAGGAUGGAAAGUAUGAAAGCUGUAAGAUGUUCACACCUGUGGAUUUGGAUUUGGAAGCAAUUGAAGCAUAUGGGAUUAACAGUACAACUGGAUGCACAGAUGGAUGGGACUAUGAGGCACCCAUAGGUACUUCCAGCAUUGUGACACAGUUUGAUCUGGUUUGUGACAAGAGUGGUUUUAUUGAGACAUCACAGUCCAUCUCCAUGGCAGGCGUUCUGGUUGGAGCGCUGGUGUUUGGGGCAAUUUCUGACAGGUUUGGUCGGCGCUUUGCAAUCCUGCUUUCACUCCUUCUCCUUCUGUUGUUUGGUGUGGGUACUGCUUUCUCACCCAAUGUCUAUGUUUAUAUGGUUCUCAAAUUCUUUUGUGGGAGCUCAAGUGUUGUCAUUGUGAUGAACACAUCUGUGAUGGGGAUGGAGUGGACGGAUCCCUCUAAGACUGCUCUGUGCACAGAGGCCAUCAUAAUGUUCUUUUCUGUUGGAUUGAUGCUGUUGUCUGGCAUCGCAUAUUUAAUCCACAACUGGAGGAUCCUGCAGCUCGUGCUCUUAUGCCCUCUUGUCCUUGUCUUGGGAUUCUUGUACUGGUUUCUCCCUGAGUCAGCUCGCUGGCUCCUGGCCCAGGGCAGGAAGGAGGAGGCACUAAAGGAACUUCGGAAGGCAGCCAGGGUGAACGGGAGGAUGCUCCCCGAAGAUCAGCUAGAAAAACUAGAGAUGGAGGGUACAUCCGAAAGAAGAAACAUGUUGGACAUCUUCCGAAUAUCGUAUUUGAGAAAACGUACCAUCAUAAUGGCCUAUAACUGGUUUGCAGCAAGUCUUCUGUACUAUGGAUUGAGCCUGAAUGUUGGUGGUUUUGGCCUGAAUGUCUACCUCACGCAGUUCAUCUUUGGUUUUGUCGAAAUUCCUGCAAACCUGAGCGCUUUGGGUCUAAUUCAGCACUUUGGAAGGCGAAUAUGUCAAGUGUGCUACCUGUUCUUUGGGGGUGCUGCUUGCCUCAUGGUGCUUGCUAUCCCAAAUGAUCUUCCAGUGGUGGUAACAACCAUAGCUGUACUGGGGAAAUUUGCUGCGACUGCCUCUUUCAGCACAGCCUACGUUUACACCGCAGAAUUAUACCCAACCAUUUUAAGGCACAAUGGGAUAGGUUUUAACUCCAUGUGUGCUCGUGCGGCGGCCAUCCUCGCUCCACUGAUCAGGCUCCUGCAGGUCUACCAUUACACCAUCCCCAUGCUGAUAUAUGGCGUCAUCCCCAUUGCUGCUGCGGGUUUCUGUUUGUUGCUGCCUGAAACCCUCAAUGUUGAACUUCAAGACCACACUGAGCUGAAGUGAGCUGAGAUUACAUUUUUUUUAUUUGAAAAAAAAAUCUGAUUACACAAACUGUAUCAAGUGUAAAUACUUUUUUCUGUUUUUGAUUUUAGGAAACCAGUGAAUGAAUCUACGGGGGACAGUGCUGAACAAAUUAAUGAAGAACUGUAACUUGUACUGAAAUCAUAAUCUCAAAUUCAUAGUUUUGCAAGUAUCAAGUAAGAAAGCUGUAAACUAAAGUUUUUGUAGUUUUAACUGUUUAGUAAGCAGAAAUUAAACUGGUCAGUAAUUAUUAAGGGUCAAACUAUUUGUUUUAGGUUGCAUUUUUAUACCCGAAAGUUUAUUAGAAAUUGAGUUAUUCACACAAAUUGUUUAUUAAGUCAAGUAAAUGUGUGUUCCAUUCCUAACAUAUAACAUAUUUAGAUACAUCUAUAUCAGAGAUACACAUGGCAGCUAAGGUAAAAGCAAAAAAAGUAAAAAGUUUACUUAAUCCAAAGAGGGUUCGGCAUCUGGCAGACAGUGAGCGGUCCAAAAGGGCAUAACUUCCUGUUUAUUGCAGUCUGUUUGAAGUUGUGUGUUGUACAAAGGAUUAUAUUCAGAUUGUAUUCAUUGUUUAAUUUCUUGUCCCUCUGCACUAUCAAGCUCUUUGUAUAAAAUCAUUAAUAAAGAUGAACGUCGUCAACUAAAGUUGAACUUUUGCACAUCUGAGUCAUUGUCACUGUCUGUAUUACUGUUCAUUUUAUUGUUUUGUUGAAGGUUUUACAACUGAAACUUUAAAGAAUUAGCCUUGUUAUUUCCUAUUAAACAAUGAAGCCGACUGUGAGUGAUAUCUCACGCUCUUUGGUUGUAAUGGAUUAAAGAUGGAUUAGCAAAAUCAGAUUGUCAAUCUUUCGUGCUAGAUUUAUGACACUUAGAGCUUGGUUCAUACAUACGUGAUACUGCACUGUGGAAAUAUUAUGAAUAUGACAAGAAAGAAAAACAUAGGUAAGUGUUACUCACAUUGUCACUGAUUAUUUAUGCCUCAGACUCAUUGGACACAUUGUCAGCAGUAUUCCUCAGAAGCCAUCGGUUCUUGUGUUGAGCGUGUCCAAAGCCCUCAUCAUAAUUCCCUUU